AUGUGGUACACAGUUUGAAAAUGCAGGCCGUGUCAUGCUGUGAAAAAAUUCAUUUAAUGCUUGAAUUUGGUGGAAAAUGUCGGACUCUAAACGUGCUACGCUUAUAACAGUGGGUGCUCCAAAAAGUGCAAAGAAUAACGUGAACAAAACAAUUAGAUUAACCAUAAAUUUGGACGAAAGUAACGAAAGUAAAUAUCCAGAGCUGAACUACAAGGAACUAGUCAUAGCAACAGCAGCAAAAAAAAGAACAGAAAAUGGAAAAACUGCAGGGCUGGACCCAUUCUCGGAUAAUGAUGACGAUGUCGAAAGAGUUGCCAGAAAAUUUGAACAAAAAUAUGGCGGUAAAAGCACAUAUGGAAGGAAGGGAAGAUCAAAAUAUGAAGAGUUUGCCGACAUUGGUGCUGGAUAUGAUGAAAACGAUUCCUUUAUUGAUAAUACACAUGGGUACGAUGAGAUGAUACCACCCGAAUGUGAUACACUGUACGGCGGGUUCUACAUAAACAGUGGCUCGCUGGAGUUCAAAACUGUGCCAGAGAAGCAGAUACUACACUCUGAUGGCGAGCCUCGGCGGAAUAAGCGCCGUAUAUCGUCAAGUAGCAGCGAAGAUGAAUCCUCGGACAGCUCGUCGGGUUCUGACAGCCACGAGACCAAGGAGACCAAAACCAUUGCCAACGGAAAGAUUGAUUCACAUAAGACUGAACAUAGGAAAAAGAAAAGCAAGCCUGACAAGAAAAAACAAAGGAAAAUUGGCGACUCGUCUGCAGCAAAUUCUGGGAAACAGACAUCAGAUGAAACGGCGCCAUGUUCUGCCGAGAGUGAUUCUCAAACGUCACAGUCGAUGGCUGAGUCCGGUGCAUCCAAACCUGCUCCCAGCUCCGAGAACCCAGCCACAUCAGAUAGCUCCAGAGACACAGAAGCCAAGCUUGAAGUCAAACUGCCUGAAGCUGUCACCCUGGUAUUGGAGGAGAUGGAAAAGCUGAACUCCCAAGUGAAGACAAACCCCGGAAAAGACACCGAUGAUAAGAUUGACCAGCUCAUUCUUAAACUGGAGCGCGCACUGGCAAAAGCCAGCUGCGACGGUCGGGCUCGGCGUGUUUGUUCUGCUCGUGCAGCCACGUCGCUAUCCCUGUCCCGGGCCGCGCUUCUCAAGCGUGCUACAGCGCUCAUACAAGCGGCUACGCUCAUCGAAACACAGAGCAAGCAACCACCGACAGCAUCUAGUUCUACAACAAACAGUAUUCAAUUAGUCAACAAGAACGGACAAACAAAUCCUGUGAACUGCAAACCAAACCGGGACCAGGAGACAUUGGAUGUCAACAAUCUUACACAAGAGCAGAAGGAAGUGCUCAUUGUUGAGACCUUACAGAAAUUGAAGUUAUUAAUUGAUGAUCAGAAGCCUGGCAUGAUCUCCGCUUACAACACUGAAUGUGAAAGGGUUCAAGUUGAAAGGAAGAAGAUUCAAGAAGCGACCGCCGGCGGUACAAACAUGAACGUGUCGUACCCUGACAAGCGUUUGCCGAAGCGGCGGUUUCCGUGGUGCAGUCGGUCGCGGUCUCUGUUGACUCGGCUCGCGCGGCUGGCGGGUGCGCCGCACGACGCCGCCGCUCUUCUCGCCACACGCGCGUUGCCGCUCUUCCCCGCUGGCUUUGUGCGGAUGCCGACCUUGCUGCGUCAGGCCUCACUCAACAAAGACAUCAAAGCUUCAGAUCUCAAGAGAAGAGUCCCACCAACACAACCCAGUACAACUACUGCUACAAACAGUCACACAUUCAAUGAACCAAUACAGUUCCCCAGCUCACUAACAGUAACCACUACCAUCAAAGGUGUUGAUAAAGAAGACGAGAAAAAGACCAACUCUGCAAUUUUCAACACUACUGUAAACUCAUACACAAUUAACAAGGAAGUUGUAAAUGAUAAACUCGGAGAUAGAGAGAAAAAGAAUGUAGCUAGCUUAAGUAGUAUUACAAUAACCCCCUUCAUCACAAAACCAGAAAAGAAAGAUAAAACUAAAGAACCCUUGAUAAGAGUUAAAUCACCGGCAGCACUCAACGAAAUGGUCACCAACAACAAUAAGAAGGAAAAGAAAAAGGAAAAAGAAAAAGACAAAUUUGACACACCAUUACAUAUAGAUACAAAUAAUAUCCCAAAAAAAGAUGCAGUGAAAAGUCCCAGGGCUCAUGAAUUAGUCAUUAGUCAAAAACAAAUUGAGCAUAUGAAAGCAAAAGAGAAUAAUUUACCACAUCCAGCUUUAGUGCCUGUCAACCAUUCACCUACAUUUGCUAAGCCGGAUAAGAGGCCACCAGAAAAGAAGAAAAAGGACAUUGUGAUUGUGUCUGAUCUUGACCCUCUUGGGGACAUACCUCAGGAGCCGGUAGCUGUUGAUGACAGUAGUAGUGAUAUUGAAGUUAUUGAGGACAAGAGUGAGAAGGACAAGUGUGACAGUGGCAAAGUGAACAGUGCUAAUGACUGUAAUAGUGUCAAGAGUGAUUAUGUUGAUGAAACUAGGUUGCAUAUUGAUAAGCUGAUGAAGGAGCUUAAGGAGUUGCAGCAUUCGCAAGACGAGACAAACUGUAAUUCAUAUGAAGGUGCUAUAAAAUCUGCCAAGCACGAGUCUUCCAAGCAAGCUUUCAGUCGGCCCACAGUGCUGAAAUCCACUGAAAGAGAUAAAUUCACAGAAGUAAAUAUUUUGAAAGAAAUAGAUGGAUGUAGGGCGAUCACUGGCUGACGACACAACACUUCACGACUACAAAAUUUUAAUUUCAAGUAUUAGUGAUUAAGUUACAUCUGCACUGCCAUUCAUGGAAAUUUGCUCAGGAAAUAUGAUUACCUACUGUCAUUGUUUCUUGCCAAUUUACUAAAUGAUAUUUGGCUUCGUACAAGUAGCGUACUUAAAUUGAUUUAAACGUGGACUCUCAUUUAUUCGUCUAGAUGGACUGUGAGAGCUGUGUAAAUAUCGAAAAAUAAUUGAAGUUAACUGUUAACCUCUAUUUGCUUGCAGACUAAAUCGCGAGUGUAAGGCGUAGAUUGUCAUGCACACUGAAGUAAUAAUCCUGGUAUGUUUUCAUCAUUUGCCUAGCAGCAUGAGGCUCUAUCUAGACGUAUAAAUUAUCUAAGCAUGGAAUACACAUGCUACGUAAUAAGUAUGUUAUUUAAUCUCGGGUCUGAACAUUCGGUGAUUUUGUUAUCUGCUAAGAGACAGACUGACAUUUACCAGUGGGAGGCUCCUUUGCACAGGAUGCUGAUUAGGUUAUGGGUACCACAACGGCGCCUAUUUCUGCCGUGAAGCAGUAAUGUGUAUGCAUUACUGUGUUUCGGCCUGAAGGUCGCCCUCGCUAUUAAAAUUACUGGAUAAAUGAGACUUAACAUCUUAUGUCUCAAUGUGACGAGUGCAAUUGUAGUGCCGCUUAGAAUAUUUGGGUUUUUCAAGAAUCCUGAGCGGCACUGCAUUGUAAUGGGCAAGGCGUAUCAAUUACCAUCAGCUGAACGUCCUGCUCGUCUCGUCCCUUAUUUUCAUUAAAAAAAAACUGAUUGGCGGCUGAAGUGAGACAGACGGUCACGACGCAAUGGCUGGGUCAAUUUUGCCAAAUUACCACUCAUCAAAUUUAACUGGUUGUAUUCACAAAUGUUUCCCGAAGCUUUAGAUUACCUAAUACUUUGUCCCAUUUCAUUAAGCAAACAACCACUUGCCUAAAGAUAUUGUCUUCCAUUAACGUAGUUCCCCGCCCUAAAGUAUGUUUCUCUUUGUCAAAAUUUGUUAUUUCCUUUCAUUUUAAGUAAUACAUUUCUUUUCAAAGAUUGAUCCUUAUCAGCAACAAAGUCCAUUGGACCAAUAAUACAGAAGUAAUUUUUUUUGAAUAAUCUUUCGGGUCGAUUUCCGUCAAAAGUUCGAGAAGUAUUAAAAAUCUAAAUAUGCAGUAAUUUUCCGUAGUUUCCGACUUCGCCAUCACCGCCUGUAUAACAUAAUUUCAUUAGUAUUCUCAUUAUUUUGAGCAUUUCUGCCUUUGAGCUUGUGUUCAGCAUCAUGAGCGAAUUUAUACAACCAUGGAGCGUGCUAUAAAUUAACACUAAUAUCAUUUAGUGGCAAAACAAAUGUGCUUUUAAUUAGCAUGUGUAUUCCAACCUUUAUUAAUAAUUACAAUGGAAUCUGCUUAUGAUGAUUGAAGAGACGUGCCAAUUUAAUGGUAAAAGAUGAAACAAAGAUUCGUUUCACGCAUAGCACAGGAAGAGGUGGUAAGGCCCAUCAUCCAGUGAAAGCGAAGCGAAACUAACAGAAAAAAACCAUAGCUAAUCAUUAUAACCAUACAUAUUUUCUCAAAAUAGAAAAUUAAAAACGUAGUUCUGUAACGUCGACAAAUAACUCCAAAAGUAUUUAAAGCCAACUGACGCGGACUCUACUCCUGCCAUUUCGGGGCGCUCGACGGCUACGACGUUGACGAUGCUGAUGACGUCAUAGUCCAUAUCAACAAAGAAACAAGUGUUAAGGGUCUACUCGAAAAUUAUCAUAUUGACUUACUUUCACGUCAAGUUUCGGCUCUGGCCAAUGGUGUAGGUUUUCAAGUAUUUGAAUUUCCAAUAUUUUUUUGACGUUUGACAGAAAGAGACAAAACAGUUAAAAAACUAAAAUAGUAGUCAUAUUAAGCGGAUCGCAUUGAAUUCGACUUGCAAUCACUGGCGCAUUAGAGCGCUUUCUCACUACGUCCGAUCCGAAUCCGAUCCGUACCUGUGAAAAUACAGUCCGGUGUAGCCGUAGAACUAUUUCUAACGGUGGACGUAAAGAAAUCUGAUGACGGAAGCCGGAUCUAGUGCGUAAAACUACAUAUCCGGAUACCAGAUCGGAUUCGGACCGGACGUAGUGCGGAAGCGAUCCUACACCUCUAAACUAUUUGUUUGGUUGUGUUAAUAUUUUGAUAGUCAUUCUAGAUAGUUUUAUUAACAAACUGUUUUGAUACUAAAAGUUAAUUUUUCAAGAUAAGACUAUAUCGAAAGCUGUACUUGAUUCUCCUUAGCCGCUGAAAAUUGACUUUUUGCAUUUAUAAACUUAACUUGAAUUUUAACUUUCAGUUCGAAACAUAUUAUUCUUGUGAUAUUUUACUGUAAAAAGCUAAAAAAACUGCCCUUUACCUCUACAAUUUUACAAACAAUGAUAAAUUUCACUUCCAUAGCUUAAAUAUAUUAGUAAAAUAUAUUAAAUGAAGUAAAAACAUCCCUAAUUUAGUCGGUAAUAGGAGAUAAAGGAUUUCCGUGUUGUUUUUUAAUAUAAUUUCCUAUUUCUUGUAAUCAUUAGACGCAGGAACGAUUAUGAAAAUCAGUUAUUUCUCAUUAGGCCGCAUUAAGAUUGAUCACACAGAUUGCUUUUAUCAUACGAUUUAAAAUAAUAUAAUUUUUAACUGUGAAUUUUAAUAUAGUAUGUAUUUACUUUUAUUGCUUCGAUCAAUGACGUUCUAUACACGGAAUGCCGCAAAAGUGUGCAUAAAGACAAUGUAAGCACACUUUUCUCCUUAGUCGUGUGUCAACUGUCACUGUCCGAAUUAAAUCUGAACUGAAUGAAUGUUUUACAUUGCUGCUUAUUGACCAAUAAUAUUCUAAACAACUGGAAUAAAUGCGGCAAUGUAUAGAUACAGCAGUAGAAGCUUGUUAUGGUGUCAUUUGUUCUAUAUUUCGGCUUUGCGACAUGAUUUGUCUAUGUAUAAAGAUUGUCAUUAGGUUCGAUGUUGUUACUAAAUG